ACUAUCCCACCGGCAUCCGGAGCAGCAUGCCUGACGCUCUUCUUCGAGUGCUUGCCAUUCGAGGUAACCGAGUCUGCGCUAUCCUAUAAUUUCGUGAUCAGAUUUUCCUGCGGCAACAAAUUCCACCAGAAUGUACGUACUCCCAAAACACCUGGAUGCUCGAAGACAGCCCUCGCCAGGCGCAUGGGCUUAUCGAACCCGAUAGUGCACACGAGGAAGGGCAAAGCCUCAGCUAGCGCCACCACAUCAAUAUGCACCCCCAGCCACAUCGCGACGGGCAGGCUGAGCAGCAGCGCCAACACAGCGCAGGACAGCACCGCGGUCGGUAGCCAGAACGUGCCUGCAACCGAUGAUCAGCAACAAUCGCAAGCGACGCGUCAGGAGCCUCCAACUCACUUCCGAGGCGGCGGCUGCGCACGAAGAUCAGCGUGAACGUGAAGUACAUCAGGGUCUGCAGGCGGUAUCAGUAUCACC